CGCGGGCGCGGGCGAGGGCCAGCCUGGAUGACGAUGUAAACAAACUCGGUUGGUGGAGACUCGAGGCUUCCCCCCCUUGCAUGAUUCAGCACCUUCUCUUAAGCUCCCCUGGACGCCAUAUUUCUCGCGUAGUUCCUUAACCGCACGCACGCACCCGGGACGAGCAUGGAGAGCAGACAGACCAGGACUUUGAUUCAGCAUUGAUCUGUUAAUACAAACCCACUCUCAAGUUUUGUACUUCCAACCUGCCAGCCCAGAACACCACAGUAAUGAAUGUCCAAGCCGGUCCAGCUCUACAUGGUUCUGACAAGGAAGAUUUCUGGCCCCCGCUGUCACCAACCCCAUUUGACAUUAGUGACGAUGAACUGGUCUGCGCUAGUGUCAGGGACCUCAAUCGGCAGCUAAAGCUCCGAGGGCUCUGCAGAGAGGAUAUAAUGAAGGUGAAACAACGAAGAAGAACAUUAAAAAAUAGAGGCUAUGCAGCAAGCUGUCGAAUCAAGAGAAUAGAGCAGAUUGAUGAAUUGGAGUCUGAGCGGACAACAGAACAAGUUGACAUUGAGAAACUUAUUAAUGAAAACCACAAUAUGCGAACUGAGAUUGAUCGGUUGUUCCAGAAUUAUGAAGCCCUUAAAAAAUUUGCUGACCAGAAGAAUAUACCUCUCCCUCCAGAUUUGGAGACCCUAUGAUCUUCAGUGAAAUGCAAGUGUUUUCAUAGUCAUUCUUUGUGCAUUAUUGAUGUAAUGCAAAAGUCCAUGUUGCCUUUACUAAUGAAGUUCAAAUUCAGGAUUAAUAUAAGUCAUGGUUAAUACCAUGUUAAGACAGUAGUAAAACUAAUCUAACUUGAAAGACACGAGAUCUGAUAUUUUAAAAUUCUGUAAAAUGCAUUAAAUCCUUGGACUAUUUUUCUUGCUGUAGAAAAGAAAAGGUAUUGUUUCAUUGGAUACAUUUCAUUAUUGUGCAUGUCCAUGCAACUACUUCCACUGUACCUUAACUCAAUCUGCUAGUGCAUAUUUUGUAGAAGACCUCAGAAGUGUGGCUUUUCAAUUGACAUUAUCAUGGUCUCAUAUUUGUGAUAGGCUCUUGUGUGAUAGAUUAUUAUUAUUAUUAUUAUUUUAUUUUUAUUUUUUUGUAGUAUUAAGGCAUCUCCCAAAAAUCAUCCCCUUGUUCAUGUAUGUGCAACUCUCUUUCUGUUAAGGCCUACCAUUAUUAUUUUUAUAUUGUUAGCACUGAUGUAUGAAAUUACUAAAUUACUCAUAUAUUACACUUAUUUCAUUAAUGUAGAUUGUUUCUUAUAAGCAUUGUCAUGCACUGAAACACUAAACAACCUAUUCCACAUGGCAUCACAUUAGCCAAGACCUUACAAAUGGACAAAACUACUUUAGAGUUGCAUGUGUCCUUGUCAUAGGGUUUGCACUUGGGUUAAGAUGAUCUAGGUGUUAAGACACAUGUAUCAGCAGUGUAAGUGUGUAUGAAUCACCUCCUCUGUUAAAAGCCCCAGUUUACAGGAGCUUACUCUUAUUUUGUUGCAUUUUAUAUAUUAAGUCUUGCACCUGUGAUAAGUCUCAACCCAAACAUUCUCCAGACUCAUAGUGUUUUCAGUUGAUUUUUGUGUGUUGCCUUUUUUUUUGUGCACUAAUCCUAAUGUUUAGGGUAAAUCUCAUCGUAGGAAAUUUAAUGUGUUUAUUCUUGUAUUACUCUCAAAACCUUUGUUUAGAUUAUUAUUAUUAUUCUUUUUUAGUAUCUUGGUAAAUGGCUUGUCUGUAGGCUCACCAGUGCAGUAGGUACUUAAAAAGACCAGUGACAAUAAGAUGAUAAUAAAAAGGAUAAUGAGAUGAACGAUACUACAUCUAUGUUUUAUUUUCCAAACAUCUAUCAUUAUUUACUUUAUCAAUUAAGGUAAGAGAGUGAAAAGGUACAAAAAUAGAUUAAUGU